GCGUCCCAGUCAGUGUCUCUGUCAGUGUGUCCGUCGCCUGCUGUCGAGCGUCUCUCUGCCCACAUGCGCGCAGCCAGGGUGCAGACGGAGAGCAGGAGCAGCUGUUGGAUCUAUAUUUCGGAGUGAACACCUGGAUUACCAAACUGUAUUUUUUGUUUUUUUUUUGGAAAUUUUAUUUGAUUAUUUUCUUUCUUUCUUUCUUUUAUUUUUCUUUCUUGUAUCUUCGGGUUUAAAAGAAAUAAGCUGUCAUCAUGUCUCGGGGUGUGGAGGAUGUGAGCAAGCUUACUGAAAGUACUUACAAGAAUGUGAUGGAGCAGUUCAACCCAGGCCUGAGGAACCUGGUCAACCUUGGGAAGAGCUAUGAGAAAUCAGUCACAGCAAUGAAUCUUGCCGGAAAGGCCUAUUUUGAAGCAGUGGCAAAGAUCGGAGAAAACGCCACUGUGUCUCCAGUCUCCAGAGAGCUUGGCGUGGUUCUGAUGGAGAUUGCAGAAGCCCACAAGAAAGUCCACAAUGAACUGGAAGACAACUUCAAAAGGUUCCACAAAGACAUCAUUACGGAGCUGGAGAAGAAGACGGAGAUGGAUGUUAAAUACAUGAAUGCCACCUUCAAGCGCUAUCAGUCAGAGCACAAGCUGAAGCAGGACUCCCUGGAGCGCUCUCAGACGGACCUGAAGAAGCUUAGGAGGAAAAGCCAGGGAAAGCACUCAUCCAAGUAUGAGAUCAAAGAGAACGAGUACAUGGAGACCAUCUCGUCACGCCAGGUGGACAUGCAGAAGUUCAUCGCCGAUGGCUGCAAAGAGGCCUUACUGGAAGAAAAGAGACGCUUCUGUUUCCUGGCAGACAAACACUGCAUGUUCUCCUAUCAGAUCGUCAGCUUCCACGAAAAAGCCAAAGAUAUGUUGGCUCUGAGGCUCCCCAGCUGGCAGGAAAAGUGCGGCGACAUCGGCAACGUGCCGGACUCGGUGACGACCAUGAUAGAGAGGCUGUCCACCACUCCAGAUCAAUCACCACUGGUUGACCGCCGCAACAGGAACAACAUGGACUCUAUGGUGCCUCCUCCUGCACCACCGCUGAAGGCUCAGAUCAGUCCGCUGGCCACCAUGUUUAACCCAAUACCCAUGUCUCCGAUUACCUCCUCAGACCGCAACUCAGACCAAGGUAGCAUUGGGGAGUGCAGCUUGUCUAGAUCGACAUCCCAGUCAUCUGGUCUCAAUGUGGGCAGGAAGACCAAGGUUAGGACGAUUUUUCCCCACACGGCCGGCAACAACGAAACACUCCUCAGCUUUGAUGAUGGCGACAUCAUCGUUCUGCUCAUCCAGGAAGAGAAGGACGGCUGGCUGUACGGAGAAUUAGAGAGGACACGACAGCGGGGCUGGUUUCCCUCGUCCUACUGCCGACCUUACACCGAGCCAGUGACAUCCAACAGCAAUCUGAGCACGCCCGUGCGCAGUGUGAGUAUGGCCAGCCUGCCCAAGCAGCAGGAGCCAGAGGAGGUGGACGCGCCGGUGCUGCUGCCGCCGGCGGACUACAUUGACGAGACCCCACAAAGCACCGUGAUCUCCUCAGAGCCCUCACCAAAAAACACAGUUUCUUUACUCAAUGGGACUGCAAAGGCUCCUUUUCUAGGAGGAGGGAAUCCGUUUGCCACGGUGAAGCUGAGGCCGACAGUCACCAAUGACAGAUCGGCACCGGCGAUCUAAAACACAUCUAAAGGAGCGUUUCACCGCUGUUAUGCCUUCAAGGGGGUCGAACCCCUGCGACACACUGAACAUCUCCCCCAACCUGACAUCACACCAGCCUGCAUGCUAGCACUCUGUUGUUUCAUGGCAUAAGUCUGUGAUUUACACAAGACACUAAAAGGAAACUAUCGCCCGGUAUGAAUAUGAAGGAGAAGAGCUACGUUUAAUUCACCCCAAAAUGAAAGUGUAGGCCUUAUCUCGGAAUCAAAUCGACAAAUAAGUUUCAUUUACCCUUUACACACCAAGGUAUUUAUUGUACAGCAAUAAAGCCAUGUGUUUUUCUUCUGCUUUUAUUCUGAAGUAAUAAAAGUCCCAGUGUGGCUUCACGUUGGCCAGAGGAAACAUUCGGUUUAUGAGGAAACUGAAUAUGGUCCGAACACCUGGCCGUGACGGUUAGUUGUAAACACAGAUAAUACUGGACUGGAUACGUGGACAAUUUUAUAUAGUCACUAUAGUAUGUAGUGUUAAUACAGAAUUCAUGUAAUAACUGAAUGUAAAUAUGUUAGGUGAAUAGAAAUAGUAUGAAAAAAAGUUAGAUUUGAUUGAAAAAUGUCAAAGUCAAAAUGAGAAUGAACUAAAACCCCAAAUUUCCCACCAUACUUUAAGAGAUAUGACUUCUAACAAAUGGGGGAAAAAAAUUAUGAGGAGACAACGUCUGCAUUUUCACUUUUGGAGUGAACUGCCCCUUUAAGAUUUGAAGCUGCUCAGUCAGUGUGUUCAGGAUUUUUUGUGUCUUGAUUGAAUGAGAAUGAUGAGAGUACAUGAUUGUGACGUGAUACCGAUGCAACAGACCAGCACACAGGCUAUCUUCCUGACUUGCCAAAAAAAAAAAAAAAAAAAGUUCCAUUUUUAUUAUAAUUAUUUCUGUCCUUUUAAGAAGCAUUGUGGUAAAUGGAGGCAGUGAGAAUGAAGGAAGAGUGAUGUUGUUGGGUAACGGGUGUGUCUUUUGAGUGAGGGUGAAAACGUAUGUCUCUGUUUGAAAUGAGAAGGCUAUUUAUAUACCGUUAGUUUGUAUUAAAUAUUUAAAUAACUAUGUAUACGGAAGUCCAUUCUGUGUAGGUGCCCCUUUGAGUGCCCGUGUGCUCAGUCUGACCCCACCCUGAUUUAGAUUUCACUGCUGUUUUAAAUGGGUUAAAGGACCUUUCCAUGGUGGGAGUAGUUUCACUCCUCAUUGUUUCAUUGUUAUGUGGCGAUUCUGUGCACAAUACACAGUAUAUGCAAAAUGAAAUGUACUUUACUGGUAGACAUUUGAAUUGUAUGUGAAUAAAGCGGCUCAUUGUUUGUAAGUAUUAACUAUUUUGUGAGGAAAGCGAUUUUCUUUUCCAUGUAUUUGCUUUAUUGAAUGAGGAUGACGAGGAACUGACUAAUGAGACAGUUUAUUGAUCUGCAUAGACCCACUGACGUAAGGAAACUCAUCAUGCCGAGUACUUGCAACGUGCUUUCUUCAAAGUACCUUGACACUGUGUUGACGAUUGUAGUCUCUUUUUCUCAAUAAAACAUGAAAAAGUCUGAA